CGUCAAGUCUUGUCACGUGACAGGAACCAUCCAGGAGAAAGCGGUCGGUUUUGAAAGCAAAUUGCCAAAUUAUCUCGUAGUAGAGUCUACUAAUGCCAUUGCAUCGCACUCGUCUCCUACAUUUUCGAGUACUAAUGACACCGGAACUCGAACCAUGCAGGUUAUAUGGGCUGAAUAGGAAUUUUCACAAAUGAACCCGACGUUAAACACGUUAGCUAGCUAACUACACUGUAUUACAUUCCCCACCAUGGGUAGUGAUCUAUCUUAGCCACUAUUGUAGCUAGUAAAACAAUGCAGCUAGCUAGCUAUCCAAUGUAGCGAAACGCAGACAACAGUUGUUACGAUGGACGACUCAGAUCAAGACUUCGUAGACCUCCGCUCCAAAUUGCUCAAACGAGUCCGUAGGAAAGCUGGCGAAACCGUGUCGGAGAGGAAGACUAAUGUGGCAGAGUCGUCGUCCCAGGACUCUACCAAAGACGUACCCCCCACCAAGAGGCAGGCGAUUAGGAGGAAGAAAAAUGUUGGAAUAACUUUCAAAGGCCCUCUGGGUAGGAGCGUUAAAACCCAACACAUUUGUGAUCAACUUAACCUAGUUCCCUCUAAUCCAGAUAUAUCUAAACCGGCAUUGGUAAUUGGAGUUGCUGAGGUCGGUGAUGGGGAGAAUUCUCAGAGAGCGAAAGACAAAGUAUUACACAGGAUGCAGCAGUUUAGGAGAGUCAGUCCACAGAAGCUUGUGCAUGGUGGAAGGAGUCCGCUUGCUGAGGCAGAGGACAUCAGUGACACACUGCCACAAUGUUCAGAACCUUCAACCUCCGCCCCCCCCCACUCGCCUGGACCCGCUUCCACUCCCAUACCACCGGACCCCCGGGUGGGGGACUCGGACGAGGCCCUGGCCCUUCGUUUACAGGAGGAGCUGGACAGAGAGGCCCAGAGUGGGGCGGUGGACCUGGAGCGGGGUGGCCUGUUCUUCUGUCAGCUCUGCCAGAGAGACCUGUCAACCUUGAGCCCUGCAGGACGCACACAACACAUCAACAGGUGUUUAGACGAGAGCGAGGACGGUACCGCGACCCACGCUCCCCCCGCGCCUCCCCGCAUCCCAGAGUGCCCCAUCUGUGGUAAACGGUUCAGGUCCCCGAAGAGUCGCGCGGCCCACCUAAAGCGCUGCUCCUCAACCAUGGGCGUGGCCCCCGCUGUGCUGCUGCAGGCUGUGCAGAGACAGGCCGCAGAGGGCCUGACCGACGACACCGGCAACCAACCUCAGCAGGUCGGGGGCUCCAAGCAUAAAGGCCCUACAGACACCAGCAUCCCCACCAGGAAGAAGCCCAAGAGGAAGCCUCCUGGCCUCGACGAAGACACCAUGGUGGCCCUGGCCCUCUCCCGCUCUCUCCUGGAGCAAGAGAGAGAGCGGGAGGGAGAAAUGCAGAGGGAGAUGGAGGGAGGUCAGCAGCACCUAGCCCUCCUCCCCCACUUUUCUCUGUCCCCACUGAAGUUGAGGGCUGAAACAAGUAAGGGGCGGGGCAAGAGGAAAAAGGGUGUGGCGUCUCGCCCCCCUCCUCUCCUCCUGGUCCAGGACCCAGAGGCAGCCUUGAGACGACUGCAGGAGCGAGUGACGACCCUCCUCCUUUGUCCCCGUGUUUCCUCGCCCCCCACGCCGACCCGCUGUCCCAGCUCCCUGACUUCCUGUAGUGGCACAACCCUCUGGCAGAAGAGCACACUGCCGGCUGGAGGGUCAAAGGAGAUCUCAGAGUUCUACACCCCAGAGUUAAGGGACAUCAUUGCGCCCUGGGUGUCUGGAAAGCUGGAUGUCGUCACACCCUCCAAGGCCAAGGCUGAUCCCUCUGACACUCAUUCUUCCAUAAGAGAAGGUACCCCCCUUACUGUGGAGAAUCAGCCGCCCUCCACCCAAGGAGCAGGAAACCUCCCCGUGAGCAGCCAGACCCUGUGUGACCUGAUGGAGUUAGCAGAGGAGGGGAUGACUCUCACACAAUGGGGCUACUCUGCUACAGGACCUGUCAAGGACAGGGUGAACUCCGCCUCAGACCUCCGCCUGAGUGGCUUUGUCCCCGAGAACACAGAUGAUCACCCGGACCUUUGCCUCAGUGGCUUCAUUCCAGAGAGGAGAGUCUCUGAAGACCACGGAAGGAAAUCUGUCUCUCAGCAUGUAGAAACAAACGAGAAAUCAGUGGCGCUGUCCAGGCUUGCUUCAGACCUGAGCAGCAUGGUGAACAACCCCCAGCUGAGUGACGUCCAGCUACAGGUGGACAGUGGGGAGGUCUACUUUGCCCACUCAUUCAUGCUGUACGCUCGAUGCCCCCUGCUGGCACAGAUGGUUCACGACAGCGGCUUUGGGGUGCAGGAAGAGGGGGUGCCCCCAGCCCAGAGGGUGUUGUUGGGGGACGUGGCGGGCCAGGCUGUGUGGAGCAUGCUCCAGUACCUCUACACAGCCUGCUGCCCACCCCUCUCACCGUCCUUGCUGCCCCACCUACAGGAGCUGGCGGUCAGGUUCGACCUGGAAGUGCUACAGCAGCUGUGCCAGCUCCACCCAGGGCAGACCCAGGGAGACCCGGAGGGGCAAGCGGGUGUAGACUACCUGGACCUGGAGCAUCCAACUGGGGGAGAGGAGGAGCACAGAGACAAGGUCUUCGCGGAGCUCCUCCGGUCCAUGUGGAACGAAGACGAAAAGGAGGAAGAUGAAGGGAGAGCAGAGGGAGAAGAGGAUGGCAGGACGGCGGAGGGGGAGCGACGUGAUGUGAUGUUAGAGGAGGGAGAGAUGAACGAAGAGAAAGUAAAUGAGGACGAGAUGGAGGAGAUAUACCAGUUCGCCGCCAGUCAGAGAAAAAAGGAUGACGGGAAAGAGCAAUUGGAUGAGGAAGAUGAGGAGGAAGGUGUGACAUUUUUCACAGAAACAGAAGAUCAGGAGGGUUCAAGUAGAAGUCACACAUUGGCUAAGGAAGCACAGGUGAUCCCAUUGAAAGCCCCCUCAUUGGCUGAACACCCAUUUAGUACCGAAGAAGGGAACAAACCAGAAGAUGCAGGAAGAGGAGACAUGGACUCGCACCAAGGAAGACCAUCUGAACCGAACAUCACAAGUCUGAGAGAGGUUUCAGACCGAUGCCCCCACCCCAUCCCUGACGGUGACCUCGACCUGAAGGUCAGUCUGGAUCGUAGCUACAACCGCCUCUUCUCCGACUCCUGGGGGGCCUACGAUACCCAGACUGAUCCCCGGUCCUCCCCGGCGUCGCCACCCAGAGCCAGCCCCAAACAUUCCCGGUCUCAGCACCCCAGGACCAAGGAGGAGGUCAUGAUGUGUCCAAAUCCCACCUACCCUCUUUCACCCCGUUCCGGGCCCUCCGAGGUGAGGGUAGACGGGUGUACGACUCAGCCGGAGGUCCCUACCCUCCAGGCCUCAGCCAGUAAAGUCAUUGACCUUACCUUCAGUCCCCCAAUGGUUCCUGGUGUCUCUACCCUGCCCAUCCGUGACUGCUCCCCGGGAGAAGUGGCUAACACUGGGGGACGAGGGAGGACUGAGGAGGUGGGGGGUGCGGUUGGGGUCAUGGUGCCUGUGUGUAUGUCGUCGUUCCAAGACAGAACCCAUUCUAGUCAAGAGGACUGUAAGACACACCGUCGGGGUCUUUCAAGUAGCUCUGCCUCCCUCUCUCCUCCUCACAGCAGCCAGCAGCCUGAGCUCAUAGUUCUGUCCGAUUCCAGUGAAGAAAUGGAGCUAGGAGAUCUAGCACCGGACGGUUCCCCCAGCACCCCUCCGAUACCCCUUCCCCGCCUCUCCCAGAACCAGCCAGACUACACCCGAAUAAGCACUCAAUCUAACACCAAGAAAUCCACCUUGAGAAACAAAUUAGUUGUGGAACCUGGGACACCCACCUCAAGAACCCAGUCAGACCCAGAUCCUGAGAAAUCCAGUUUGAAGGAGAAAGAGUCCAGUCCUGGUUCUGCUGGUCCGGAUCAGAGCCUGAUGGACUGUUCUGCAGAGCUGUCUUGGCUCAUUCCUGCCACUCCACCCAUGGUUUCCAAGACCUCCAGCUCCACACAGACAUUUAGCAGCAUGCGUCGCACACAGCUUUUUCCCAAGAACAACUUUUCCGUUUCCUCUGCUUCGGUUUUCUCAUCUCCCGUCCCCCCUUCCAAGCGAAGCCUCCAGACCUCCAACACAUCCGAUCCGCCAAAUUCUGCCCAGGCAGAGUCCUCAGUUUCCAGACAUAACCCGAACCACAGUGGGCCUUGGAGUUCCCGUCUGGGCGACAGCUCUUUUUGGAAAUACAAAUGUGGCGCGGUGAGUUCUAACCCGGCGGACAAACCCACUGAGCCCCCGGUGUUCGUGAUUCCCCCCUUCCAAAGGAAACGUUCCCGUCUCCCCAGUCAGAACACUUCUGUCUUAGCCCGCCCGCCACCAGACCCCUCCACCAAGGGGACCCCUCUCUAUGACGUCUCCCAGCCUUACAGCAGCACCCCCCUGCAUGCACACCUAACCAAGCCGCCUGCUCUGUCUUUGGCCUCACCUCUUCUCGGAGGCAGUAGGGGGGAGAGUGAGGCUAGCCAGAGAGGAAGCAAGGGGGAGGAGUCCCAGAGCCCAGGGAAGAGAGACAUUCUGGGGGAUUUGGGGUCCCUGUGCCUUUCGCUCUCCGAUCACUCUUCAUCCCCACCCAGAGUAGCAGCCCUAAGUCAGCCGACAGAGGGCAGUGGGUGCCCUAGCCGACACAGACACUCAGCCGAGUCUGCAUACUUCCACAGCCCGGGGGAUGGAGAGAAAGCGAGCGGGGUGACAGGGCGGUCUGACAAACCCAUGGAAAUGGAGGAACUGGAAAGGAGUGUGGCGAAAGAGAAAGACAAAAGGGGGGAACCUGAAGAGGUGGAGAGGUCCGGGAGUUUCCGACAGAGCUUCCUGGAGAUGGACGAGCCCGCCAUGGCCUUUGACGACUCCUGGGGCCUAGACGGGGGAGGGGACGCGGGCAUUGAGCCGUCCCAGCAGGUGUGCUUCAGUCUUCGGCUGGAGAGUAGCAGUGGUGGGGGGAGUCCUCCAGAGCAGGGCUACGGGGGCAGAGAGGUAGCGGGACCGUCCUCUACCUUGACCUCCUCUCCUCCUCCUAAAAGCCACACCACUCCCUCUACGCCCUCUCCACCUCGACCCAUCACACCCCAGGCCAACCCAGAGAUCAACGCUAGCCUUCUGGCCAACCCUGAGAUCAACGCUAGCCUUCUGGCCAACCCUGAGAUCAACGCUAGCCUUCUGGCCAACCCUGAGAUCAACGCUAGCCUUCUGGCCAACCCUGAGAUGUGGGAAGACUGGGGGGAUGACACGGAGGAGGCCCUGCCACUCUCUCAGAGGGUGAAUAACAUGGCCCUGACCAAGAGGGUGGCCCAGCUCAAGACUCCAGUGGUAUCCAGAAAAAAGGGUCAGCAAUGUCCCAUGGUUCCCAUCACCCCCAUGCCCUCCUACUCAGACAUGGACACCCCUGACCUCAAGAACCAGCUCAACAGGUUCGGGGUACGUCCUCUACCCAAACGCCAGAUGAUCCUGAAGCUCAAAGAGAUCCACCAGUACACUCACCAGGUCAUCAGCUCCGAAUCUGAGGACGAGGCCCCUUCCCUGGGUCGGCCCCCGCCCGUUGGGCCCCUAUCCACUGGCGGAGACCCCUCCAGGCCUGUGUCCUGUGCCCUGACGGGGAGGUUUAAAGAGCACAGGGUACCAGUGCCCCCUGCUGCCUCGUCUGGUGGGGAUGAGGGUCUGGAGGCUCUCUCUGCCUCUCAGGGUUCCAGUGCAUCUUCAACCGCACCCAGCGAAGCCUCUGACAGGUUCAACCCAGAGCGGUGCCUCUCGGGCGACGACUCGGACAGUGACUCCGCCCUCACGGCCUCCCAGGCCGUCUCCAGCCUCCAGGACCGGCUCGUCGCCAUCAGUCGUUUCAUCCAGUCGGACCCUCAGCUGUACGGGCAGAUCCUCCAGUACCAGCCCCUGGUCUUGUCAGACCUCCAGGUCAGACUCAAGGCUGCAGGUAUCCGGCUGGGAGCGGCCAAGCUACUAGACUACCUGGAUUCUCAGUGUAUUACGUUUACCACUGCCAAGCCAAGGGUUGGGGGAGAGAGGAAGGGACGGGGACGGGGGAGGAGGGGGUUGCAAGGUGGGAUCAGGGGGAGGAGGAGGAGAGGGGCGGCUCCUGUGCUAGAUUGAAGUAACCUCUGUAAGGUUUCAACGUUUUGGGACGUUUCUAUUAAUUUCACAGGUUUUCCCAAAAUCAAGAGGGAAGAAGCAGGAAAUCCAGAAUUGUCUUAUCGGGAUUUCUGCAAAAACAAAACGUAUUUUAGUGUCCUGAAUUUUGAAACCGUGGACCUGUUCAAAACAAAUGUGGAAAUCUUAAUGUGUUAAAUUAAGUUGUUGUAAGAUAUGGUUGGUUAUUGUUUUGACUUCAUUUAAAAUGUUGCGAC